AUGGGCAGGCGACCUCAUGUGCUGAUUAUACCACUCCCAGCGCAAGGAUAUGUUGCUCCUCUUAUGAGGCUUGCACACCGGAUUUCUGAUCACGGGAUCAAGGUCACCUUUGUUAACUCUGACUUCAUACAUGCUAAACUGCUGGCUGCACUCCCACAUGAGGCUGAGGCUCAGAGUGGGAUAGGGCUAGUCUCUAUCCCAGAUGGUCUGGAUCCAGGGGACGAUCGGAAAAACUUGCUCAAGAUAACAGAAAGUAGUUCAAGAGUCAUGCCGGGUCAUUUGAAGGAUUUAAUUGAGAAAGUCAACCGCUCGAAUGAUGAUGAGCAGAUCACUUGUGUUAUUGCUGACAUAACACUUGAGCGGUGGCCAAUGGAGGUGGCAGAGAAGAUGGGAAUCGAAGGGGUCCUUUUUUGUCCUAUGGGAGCAGGAAUCUGGGCUUUGGCACUUCAUAUUCCAAAGUUAAUUGAGUGGAAUCGUAAAUAG